AUGUCUUCGUCCACCGUUACAGUGGUGUCAGCUCCCGGCAAAGUUUUAAUCAUUGGCGGAUAUUUAAUCCUUGAUAGAUUAUAUCAAGGUUUAACUAUCGGAACGGACGCUCGUUUCUACACUGUCAUUAAAACCGGAAAUGGUCGCUCGAAGAUCACAGUUCACUCUCCACAAUUCAACGACGCAACCUGGGAAUAUCAGAUUAACGACUCUGGUCAAGUCGAAGCAAUUCGAAAUUCCUUCGUUGAAAUUACUGUCAAGUACAGUCUCUCAGUUAUUGCAACCCGAAUUCUAGGCCAAAAAUUUAACGAAAUAGUCAACCAAGGAUUAGAGAUUUAUAUUGUUGGUAGUAAUGACUUUUAUUCGCAAAGGGGACAGGAUAACGUGGAUGGUGAAAUUGUUAAUAGAAUCGUUGAUCCCGCCUCUGGCAGUUGGGACAAUGAAGUGGUGUCAACCGCUCUUCCACCACGAUUCACUCUAAUUGUGGCCGAUGUCGAUGUUGGAUCCAAUACUCCAAGCCUGGUUGGUAAAGUUAUAGCAUGGCGGAAAGCCAAUCCCGAACAAGCGAAAGUUUUAUGGGAUACGCUUGCAUCUCACAAUUAUACAGUUAUCGAUAGUCUACGUGAAUUGGUCAAGGAGUAUGAGGACAACAAAUUAGGAUACGAAAAGGCGAUGGAAAUUUGUUCCGAUGUAAAAGGGACGGAGAAAAUCAGACAACUCUUGCGCGAUAUGUCAACCUUUUCUGGUGCACCAAUAGAACCUCCAGAACAAACAAGGCUACUUGAUGCGUGCGCAAAAGUUCCCGGGGUCAUCAUGGCCGGCGUACCGGGCGCUGGGGGAUAUGACGCGAUUUUUUGUAUAGGCAUCGGAACAAAGUUUGUUGAAAAGGUCGAGGAUCUUUGGUUUAAUUGGGAAGAAAUGAAAGUUGGACCUCUCUUGGCAAAUGAAUCUUCCGAAGGAUUAAAGGUCGAAAAUUUGAAUGAUGUAAAAGGUUUGAUCAAUGUAACAUCUUAA